UGCACUGUAGCGGUGGAUCCUCUUAGUCUGCAUUCUCAACGUCAGGGUCCGGACAGUGAAGGAGUCUGUUGCUCUGUCACAUGCUCUAUUUGGCGCUGGAGCUUAUUUGAAAGCAAUUUUGGAAGCUACAAUUUGACAAUUAUCACUUAGCAGCAGGGGGGAAUGGACCUGCUGCCAGACCUGUGGAGGGAGGAGUUCUGGCUGCCUCCGGGGGUGAGCUGGCUGGACCUGGAGCAGCUGGCCCCCGGGGAGCGCCCCCGGGCCCGGGACCUGCUGCUGGUCCUGCCCCUGGCGCUGGGCUUCGUGGGCCUGCGCUAUGUGUUUGAGAGGUUCCUAGCCCCUCCCAUUGGCUUGUGUUUGGGGGUAAGGAAUAGACAGCAAGUGGCAGUAGUCCCCUCCCCAAAGCUAGAGUCCUUUUACAGCAAGCAGAGCAGGACGCCAUCUCAGAGGGAGAUUGUCCAUUUGAUGGCCGAGUGUGGCAAGACACAGAGGCAGAUCCAAACGUGGUUCCGUUUCCGUAGAAACCAAGACCGGCCCUCCAACUCCAAGAAGUUUGGAGAAGCUGGCUGGAGAUUCUGCUUCUAUCUGAUAGCGUUCGUGGCUGGACUAGCAUGCGUGAUCGACAGACCCUGGUUCUCGGAUCAAAGAGAAUGUUGGAGGAACUAUCCUUUCCAGCCAAUGGAGAGGGCUCACUACUGGUACUACAUGCUGGAGCUAGGCUUUUACUGUUCUCUGCUGCUGAGGAUCUCUGUGGACGUCAAGAGGAAGGAUUUCAGGGAGCAGGUGAUCCACCACUUCGCCACCAUCUUCCUGCUCAGCUUCUCCUACUGCGCCAACUACAUCCGCAUCGGCACGCUGGUCAUGCUGCUGCACGACUCCUCGGACAUCAUACUGGAGUCUGCCAAGAUGUUCAACUACGGCAGCGGCUGGAGGAAGACGUGUGACUCUAUGUUCAUCGUGUUCACCGCCGUCUUCCUCAUCACUCGGCUGGUGCUCUUUCCCAGCAGAAUCAUCUACACCACCAUGGUGCUGUCCAUGGAGCUCUUCCAGCCCUUCGCUGGCUACUACUUCUUCAACGUGAUGCUGAUGGUGCUGCAGGCGCUCCACGUCUUCUGGGCCUACCUCAUCCUACGCAUGGCCUACAAGUUCAUCUUCCUGGGCAAGCUGGACAAAGACGAGCGCAGUGAUGAAGAGAGUGAGGAGGAGGAGGAGGAGGAGGCGGAGGAGGAGGGGGAGCAGGAGAAGGAAGGCGAGGAAGAGGAGGGAGCAGAGUAUUGCUGGGAGAAGCGCACCAAUGCGCUCAACUCUAAAUUCACCAUGCUGCACAGCUGUGUGCUGAACAACCUGAACAACCACAGAACCAACGCUGUGGACCGCUCGCACAAAACACAGUGACCUGGCCGCGACGCCUCCACUGACCUGACCCAGGGACACACAGUGCUGUCCGUUUGCAGGGCAAGACUGAAGGAGAGCCAGGGUGGAGGUGGUGUUUCAUCAGGUGUGACAGUAGGAGGCUCAGCCCAUCUGGGGCUGUGUCUAUCCCAGGUGGGUCUGGAUCCAUGAUGUCCUGGAGCACCGGACCAGAGCAGUUCUGCCCCUCUUCUGAUGUAGACAUGGGCCUGGACACACACAUGAGGUAGCAGUAAUGUUUUCUGAAGGAUUCUAUUUAAACAUCAAAAGGUUUAUGACGAAAUGAAGGUUAUAAAACAAUCAUAUUAAAUUAAUUAUUCUGCCAUACUAACUUCUUGAGGAUUUUUUUAUUUCAUUUCCUAAAGGCCAACCCUGGAAAAAAACUUUCUUGUUGCCUUAUUCUUUGUAUUAUCAUUAGUAGCCUGUGCCAGUAUGGCUCACCAAAUAUCACACCAAAACGUCAAGGCGCACAAAAUGUAAUUCAUGGUAAACGAUUAUGAAGAAUGUCAUAGGCAUUAUGAUUAUGUUAUUAGUGAGAUUGUCCCCAUAUUGCACUUAAGUCAGUAAACUCACUGUCAAAUAAUUAUCAAACAUAUAUAGGCGCAUUGAAUUCAGACAGUCAACCAUUGCCAAAAAUAUGUAUUUAAAUGGAUGUGAAAGGUUUGGGAGAGGAGAGAACUUUCAGAUUAUCCAGCAGCAGUGUUGAAAUAUGUACUAUAUGUUGAAAUAUGACACACAGACACAGACACACGCACACGCACACACGCGCACACGCGCACACACACACACACACACACACACACACACACACACACACACACACACACACACACACACACACACACACACACACACACACACACACACACACACACACACACACACUCAAAAUGUAAUAUGUUUGCCUGCCCACCAGUUAUAAACCUCUGGUGUUUACCAGAGCUAGAAGGAAGUUGCUCUGGCCUGUAGCAACUUGAGGACUGUUGAGCCUAGCUGUUCUUAACAAAAGCAGCAACAGCAGGAACCAUAACAAAUAUGUGUAAUACAAUAUGAGACUAAUGGGUCUAUGUAUGAACCGAAUAUUGGAUAGAACUUGAUCCUCCUUCAAACUAGUUUUACUUGUUUUUUUGUUCUUACAAAUAAGUUUGGGCAAUCCUACAGUUUAGUCAGGUCAUGUGUCCGUCGGAAACGACCCUUUCUUAGUCCAACAGUCAUUUUACUUCCAUGAAUGAUGCUUACAUUGUUCUCUAUAGAAAAUAUAAAUCCGACAAUUUGACAAAAAAUAGUUAUCUCAUUAUUUGUUUAAUGACUUUGCAUUACAGGGGAACUAAUAGGCCUACUUAUUCUGUAUCAUCAUGUAAAUGAUGUAUCUCUAUUUUUAAAUAAUAUAUUUGUAAAUAGAACUUCUAAAUCAACUUAAUUUAGAUUUAUUCAUAAUGUUCAUAAUAGUUGGUGUACUUUAUUUAUCUCAUUAAGAUGAUUGCCGUCCUUUUUGUCAUAUUGCUAUAGUAGGCCUAUACUUUUUAAAAAACAAUACACUUAACAUGAGAACGUCUCUAGAGCAUCAAACAAAAGUGUGUAUUUUGUGACGCUAUUAACCAAGAGGUUGGUAUUUCGAACCCAUGUGGACAUUAUUGUUUGUAGUAGGGGAGACCGGAUAUGGUUGUAACACAUUUUACUUCAAAAACCUACAUUUUUUUUAAAGAUACAGUUCUGGGCCUCGUUUCCCGAUAACACGGAUCUUCGCUCGAUCAUUCUCACGAUGGAUCUUGCGAACCAUAGUGAAUUUCUUUGGAGCGUUUCCCGAAACUCCUCUUACCAUGAACGCGCGUUCACUGCACUCACGACGUUCGUAGGAUUGUACCUGUCCACUGACACGGUGCUGAAAUGGGCUCCGUACUGUGUCGGACGCAGGAAUAUCGUAGAGAAAUGGGGUUAAAAAGCGUAAAAAUAUCUCCCAAUCAAGGCCAACAGCAGAUUAGCUACGAGAAUAGACUGCAAUAAUUUGAAUGCUAAAGAUAUUAAAACACAAUUGCUUAGGCCUAGGCCAACAUAUGUUUCGGUCCUAAUCCUGAAUGCCCUGUGCGUACAUUUUUUCACGGCAUUUCCCCCCCCUUCCAUAUUACUAAAAUCAAAAAAUAGCUUGUGUGACAAAUAGGUGCUGAUUUCUGAAACAUGCUUUGCGCAGCAAAGACUUUAUCUGAUUCCGCAUAAGGUUUCAUUGAUUGGCGCGCACUCUAGCCUAGAAUAUUUGUAGACAUUAAAAAUGCAACGUUCCAUUCAUUCAUUAUCAUUCAAACGCAGAGGAGGCAUUGACACACGGCUAUUGCUGACCCGAUUAGGAGAGCUUGGUCUAGAUCCUGCCCAUAUUGUUGGGCAGGAUGAUGUAGGCUAUAGGUCUUUUCACGCUGCCAAGCCGGUUCGGUCGCAGCUUGGCACGCCCGCCGAUUUUCAACUUCUUAUCUCAAGUUUCCUGUGUAAAACCGAGGGGGUCAACCCCCGGUCGUCACGGCGCGGGCUUUCUUGGUUCACUGGAGAAGGCGGGGCUGCGCUCUUAAUUGUAAAGAGUCUAGACCUCUUUAGAAUAAUUUGUAUUAUUGCAUACCCCGAAUAUUUUAAUUUUUUUAUGAAUGAAGACAGCCGCAUGCAAUAAUGAGUUCACGUCUGAGUGUAGACUACAAACGCGAUGAACAAUGGUCAGGGAUGUUCGUUACUGUCUAGACACGGUCCAAUAAAUAGUGGACUUCAUCACAGCCUCACCGAAGUGCCUACAGUGCUUAAUGCAAACAAUCGCAACAAAAAACGCCUGCAGAAAUUAUCCGACACCCGCUGAUCUCAGCAUGAUUCAUGUCUACAGUAGCAUAGGCCUAUGUCUUCUGUCAUUGAUCAAAAUGAGGACAUUUUAACCACGAUGGUUGAAUUAAAAUCAGAGGGAGACAGCAAGUGCAGCUCGAAAGCGACCUCCCACACAAGAGCAAUGGAAUCGUUUGAUUUUAUUAUAGGCCUGUGGCUUGUGACGUGGCGUGUAUUUUUGGAUUUCUUAAUUGCUGCAAUAAAUUAUGUUGUUGUUGACUUCUAACAUGUGUCUACCUUUGCUGUUUAAAUAUAACAGUAGUCUAUGAGUAAUAUAUCGGCGGUAACCACUGUUUUUGGUUGCAAAAUUGUGCCAGCUGGGCAUUCCGUGGUAGGCUAUUGGAUGUGUUUUAAAGGAGACAUAUUAUGGUGUUUUCCCAACAAGCAAACAUAGUAUUUGAGUGCCAGAAAACAUGUUUUUGAAGCUGUUUGCUGGAAAUAGCUUUUAGGAAAAAGAAUAUCGUCUACCGCUAUUGCCCUCUGUUUCAGUCCCUUCAGAAUGAGCUGUUUCUGGUGUCUGUAGCAUUGAUGCAAAUUAGCUGCUGCCCAUUGACCAAUGAGCUGUCAGACUGAACCACAGCAUGGAGGAGAAGGGAUUGUUGCCGUUUGAUGACUCCUGGAGCUCUAUAUCUAUAUAAUAUAAUAUAGCAUAAUAAUAAUAUUAUGUACGGGUAUUUAUAUAAUCGAUCUAAUAUCACGGCCAAAAGCUAUGUGCGCUAUGUCGGAUGAUAUUAUGAAUAAUAAAGACUGUGUCUGUCUGACGUCUCUGGUACUUCCACAAGUGAAUACUCGUAGUGGGGGAUUUCCCGGCCAUGGUUGAGAAGAAUUGGGGGGAAGGAACUUUGGCAUUGACUCUCCAUGAACCGCGACAUGGAGAAGAAAAGGAUUGUACUCCAGGAGCUAAGCUGCCGGACUCCGUCGAAGCAGUCCGGCCGCAGUCCGGCAGUGUACUCCGGGAGCUGAACUGGCGCCGAAGCUAGGUGGCAGCUCCAGCGGACUAGCAGCUCCGGCGGACGAGCAGCUCCGGCUGGGGUAGCUCGGCGGCAGUCCGGCAGCUCAGCUCCGGGAGUACAAUCCCUUUCUACUCCAUGCCUCCUCCUCCCGACUUCCCUUCGGCGGCAGCUCCGGCGGGGUGAGCUUGGCGCCAGAGAAAGGGAUUGUACACCCGGAGCUUAGCUGCAGGGCUAGCGCCGAGUUCCCCCCGCCGGAGCUGCUCGUCCGCUGGUCCACAAAGUCUUAGCGAUGCUCUGAUUGGAGGGGAGUGGGGAAGUGGGAGGUAAUAUUCAAAUGUACCCCCUUACUACGUAGGAGGGCGCUCCGAAACUGACUCGCUCUUUUGGUAGAUGGAGGCGGGCUGCUUUCAGAAAUGCGUAUCCCAUUAAAAUCAUGACUUAUUUCAAAGUUUGUAUGCGUGUGGGAGCACCAUCUGCCCACAACAACACCCCAAAUCCCAGGAAAAGUGCUGUUUUCAUAAUAUGUCCCCUUUUACAAAACACAUCCAAUACACGGAAUGUCCGCUGUAGACGCCACUGACGCUAUAGUAGGCUAACGAUGCUCUUAGCAGCCUACGAGUACCCCUGGAGUCCUCGUGAGCUACGUGCGUUUUCACGACGUUCGUUACCAACGAUGCUUUCGGGAAACGGUGUGAAAGCUGUACGAUGCUCGUACGACUCACUUCACAAUCCACUUAGGCUAACGAUGCUUUCGGGAAACUGGGCCCUGGGACUUUUAGGCAAAGUACCCACAUUUGUCUACAACAAGUGGAAAACACUUAAAUCACCUCAUGUCAUGGUCUGUCUAUUUCCUUGUCUUGUUUUGGUGUUUCCUGUUUUACUUUGGUAUCUGUGUCUUAGGCCACGUUGAUACGUAGCAGGGUAUUUAUAGAAACGAAUAUUUCCCCCCCUCCGUUUUCAAAAAUAACAUUGUGCACACAACAUCGUUUUCAAAAAACUUGUCGUUUACAUCAAAACGGAUAAAUACGCCGUUGGGACAUUAUAACUAUGCCAAACCUAUGGGCGGCAGUGUAGGGAGAAGGAUAAAGCCAUGCAAGCCAAUCAGAAUCCUCAGAAUCAACAACAACGAAUAACACGAGCGUCUUCCUGUAACAAAAAACUGUAAACAUAGGGCGCUCAUAUGACGUUAAGCAUUUCCUGGCGCAUAAUGUGACGUUUCAGAACCUAAAACCCCGUUUCUACCCGUUGACACGACAACACGUAACCGGCGUUUUCAGAAAUCUCCACUUUGGCCGGAGUUUUUAGAAAUGAUCGUUUUCU